GCUGCCAGAAAGUUUACUUAAAAUAAAUAGGCGAGUGUAGCUGCAUAUCAUGUAUGGUGUUAUGGCAGACACUUUCAUUGCACCGACCGAAAUCAGUCUUCACACGGGCCAGAAGACAGCCACUUCACGGGAAAUCGCCUGAAUAACCAACACCCGCACUAUAUAUCGAGGGUGGUCAGCUUCUUAGCAAGGGUUCGGUUGAAUCUUUAGAAUUAAUCCUGGCAGUCUGCACAUCGCAGACAAAAGAGUUACAUUUUGGAAUCUCGGCGUCCCAGCGCUGCAGACACCGGGGACAGAUCAAGCUGUGAUGAAGUCUCAUAAGGUUCCCCAUUGGAGCUGACAUUUAAAGUCUGCAUCAAAGCUGCAUUUACAAAAACACAACUGGGUGAAAAUCCUCAAAACUCCACCACACGCACACACACACACUCUGCGUAGACUGACGGGUUCUGGAACUAAGUUUAACACCAAUCCCUUACCAUGGCCAGCAGAAGGAAGUCGACUAUUCCAUGUAUGGUCCGUGCUACUGAAAUGGUGGAACAGGAUGACCCAGAUGAGAUGGAUGUCACUGGAGAAACCAUGGUGGAAAACGGGUCUCUGAAGCCAUUGUCUAAUGAUGAUUGGACUACAGGAAACGGUGUCCAAAGUAAGCAGAAGGGUGUAGAGCAGGACAAGCCAGCAGCAGACACUCCUCAACCACGGAAGCCACAAGGAGGCUAUGAAUGCAAGUAUUGCCCUUACUCCACGCAGAACUUGAACGAGUUUACGGAACAUGUGGACUUGAACCAUCCCAACGUCAUUCUCAACCCUCUGUACGUGUGUGCAGAGUGCAGCUUCAACACAAAGAAAUAUGACACAUUGUCAGAACAUAAUACGAAAUGUCAUCCCGGGGAGAGCAAUUUUAAGCUGAAGUUGAUCAAACGAAACAACCAAACAAUUUUGGAGCAGACCAUUGAAGGAGCCAACAGUACUGCUGGUAUGAUCAGUGGUGAGAACGCUACUCCUGCAAUCUCUGUGAAUACAAUGCCCAUGAUGAAAAUAGGGAAGCCAAACAUGGACACCAAACGUUUACCCAGGAAGGGGGACGACCUACAGAAUCUGUCAGAGAACCUCAGUCCGGAAAUGGUAACAGAUCCUAUUCCUACUAUAAAUGUCAAUGGGACCGUUAUAAUCCCUGAAGCUUCAGUUCCAGAAGGGUUGACACACGUUAUGCCAUCUUUACAGCGGCCCCCCAAUUACAACUUGGUACCCAAAAUUGCUGUCCCCCUGAACACUACCAAAUACAACCCGUCAUUGGACAUUAACAUGACCCUCAUUAAUUCAUUCAAUAAGUUUCCCUACCCAACACAGGCAGAGCUAUCCUGGCUGACAGCAGCUUCAAAACACCCUGAGGAGCAAAUUAGGGUCUGGUUUAUUGCCCAGCGACUAAAGCGUGGCAUCAGCUGGUCUCCCGAGGAGGUGGAAGAGGCCAGGAAGAAAAUGUUUAAUGGUACGAUCCAGCCCGUGACACAGACCUUAACAGUCUUGCCUGCGCAACUAGCCAGGAACAGUAAAGUCACGCAACCCCUUAUACAGACUCUUCCCUGCCAGAUCUUAGGACAGACCAGUUUGGUAUUGACCCAGGUCACCAAUGGAUCAACCAUGACUUACUCCCCCAUCACACUGACCGUAGCGGACCAAAUGCAGCCCCUCAAGCGGCCCUUGCCAGCGCCGGUGGUGACCCCUGAAGCAAAGCGAGCAAGUGUUGGCCAUGUGGUUCAGUCACACCUAAAAACUGCUACGCCCAUCAUGUCUCCUUCUAUGGACCGCAAGAAGACCCGGGAGCAGAUCUCAGAGCUCAAGGCCAGCUUCCUCAAGAGCCAGUUUCCAGAAGACAAAGAGGUCUACAGGCUAAUUGAGGCCACAGGCCUGUCAAGGGGGGAGAUCAAGAAGUGGUUUAGCGACCACCGCUAUCGGACUCAAAGGGGCAUUGUAAACAUCACCAGCGAAUCUGUAGCCAAAGACAUGACACAGAGGUCCAGCCGACCUCAGAGCCCUUGCGUUCACACAGCACAGCAGAGGUUAAAAGGGAAUACCCCGGAGCAACUAAAGAUCCUGGAGGCCAACUUCCAGAAAACCAGCUUCCCAACACAGGCGGAGGUCGACCGUCUGAUGUUAGACACCAGCCUGUCCAGAAAUGAGGUUGACAACUGGUUUUUGGAGAGGCGAAUAGUUCGAGACAACAUGGAGCAAGCCCUGUUGAGUCCAUGGAGUUCACAUAAGAAAGAAGAUCAGCAACAGUCGGGGGCACUGAAUGGUACGCACAGGCACGGGGACCAGGUGAGGGCAUCUCCACUACCCACAGUUGCCUCAAUCCCUCUAGAACAAAAAACACUGGAUCUUCUUAAAGGUGUGUUUGCACAGACUCGGUGGCCUUCUCCCGAGGAGUAUGACCAAUUGGCGCUUAAGACGGGACUGGCCCGCACAGAAAUCGUCCGGUGGUUCAUGGAAAACCGGUCGGCUCUUAAGAGCGGGAGCUUGCAGUGGAUGGAGCAGUACGAGAAACUGAAUGGGGAGAGCCAGAAAGACCAGAGCCAGACCAUGCUGGGUUCCAAAAGUGGCCAUUCUGUCCUUCAGCAGCACUACCAGGAGUUUAAGGAGUUGCGGGAGGAUGACCUGGAAAAGUUGGUGGAGGGGUCCAAACUGAGCUAUCAGGAGAUAAGGGACUGGUUUGCCAACAAGCAGGGAGAGGACAAGCUUGACAGAGCAGAGCGCGUUGGCGAAGGCAGACGGUCAAGUGAGGAGCAGGGGGACUGGGUGGAGGUGACGGUCGGGGUGGACGAAGAUGAAGACCAUGCUUCUGACUGCACGGAAGCUGGGUAUGAAAUGGUUGAAGACGACUCGGAAGGCAUGACAGGAUAAACAGUUGCAAGAAGGAGAUUGAAUUUUGACUGCUGUCAAUUGUACAGAACAUCUUCUAUUUGAAGAGGACAAAGAUAAAAAUUGUAUAUUUUUGUAUUUGGAACCAAUGAUUGCAUAUGACCCAUAAUGUUGGAGACGCAGUGAACUGAGAAUCUGUAGUAGCCACAUUGACUUGGAACUAACUAGAGUGCCAAAGCUGUACUUCUGUGUUAUAACAAAAAAGUCCUUGUAAAUAUUGUUUUCUGUAUUGCCACAGAUUUGUACAAUUUUGGAACAUUUUGUUACGUUUAUACAGUAAUUGGUGCAAGUUGUUGUUUUAAUUUCCAUUUUGUUCUGGUUGAUCUUUUUAGUGGUUUGUUCUCCAUUUUAUAGUAACCACUAUUGGUUCUAUUCUAUUCUAUUCUAUUCUAUUCUAUUCUAUUCUAUUCUGUUUUAAUGUAAUAAAAUUGAACUUUUGAUUCAGUUAAAAGUUACUUUUAAAUAAAAUAAUGGCUGACAUUCCAGCCCGACAGAUUUUAAAGAGUUUAGCAGUUGGAUACUGUAUGGUCUAGGGAUGGGCAUUUCUGUAAAUUUGAAUAAUCUAAUACACAUAAUUUACGAAACAAUUACACUAUAAUACUUUACAUCAAUGUGCCUCUGGCUAAAAAGAAUGCUUAAAUAAUACCAAAAUGUACAUAAUACAUAAAACAAUAAGUAGCUAUUUUUAUUAACAGGAAGUGUAAUACAAGUACAGUAUGCAUAAAGCCCAAUUUAUGCAUAAUUGCUAAACAGCAAUUAAAGGCAACAUAAUGUACAGGUGAUAAUUAAUCAAUAAAUGAUGUCUUCAUUGGACAACUAUCCUUUUUUUAGUUUUUACAUUAAGUAACAUAUCGUAUUCUAUACGAUACAUACCUCCCGGUCCUGUUAUACGCUGUGCUCAUGAAGUCUUAUAAAUGACGUAGUACAGAGUAGACGUUAAAUCAUUGAGUGCCGUUAAUUAUUGAACCCUGUCCUUAAACAGUGCUGAUAGUCAGUGUAUCUUUAGUGAUCAUGUCAACCAUUAGGUUCGUUAUUCGUUCCUUUUUUUAUUGCUUUGGGUGGAGUAAGCAGAAAUGGCUCAUUUUGAUUUACCUAUUUUAUUUUAUUUUAUUUUUUGUAAACGCAUUUUUAUUUUGUAGUCUCUUGUAUUAAUUAAAUAGAAUAAUUAAAUAUAGUUUGUGAAUAUGUGCAAUGGUGCAUUCCAGCCACCUCUGUUACCCAUAGCUACAGUAUUUGUAUUGCCCUGCACUUUUCAGAACGCCUGUUUUUUUGUAAUUGUCAGGAGCUUGAGUAAUUUAGCAUCAUAGAAAGAAAUAAUGAUUUAUUUAAUAUUUAUUUAUUUAUUUAUAGAAAUACAUUGGACUGUAGCGGCAGGCUUAGUGUGGUUAAUGGAUCUGUUCAGACCAUUUAUAUGGGUUGCAAUACAAGACAGAUAAGUCAUUUUCUAAACAAUGAGAAUUUUCUGAUCAAUUAUUCGAAUUAACGAUUACACAUGCCCAUCCCUAGUAUGGUCCCUAUAGGGAGUAUUUACUCUUGUGAGGAGCACUUACUUGAGAUUCAUGAACAAUAAAGGUGGUGGCCCCUGCUAAACUGGACCAGGGAGCAACAUUGUAAUAAAUGAUUAUUUUAAGAGGAUGUUUUUAAAUAAAAGAAACACAGGAUGAGCUAAAGAGGGAUGCAACUUAACCUGGGUUUUAACAAUCUACAGUGUAUCCCCAUUUCUCUUUUGCAUCUUGUUUCACAGUGUAACAGACACACGAUAUCGGUAUGUUUGUUAUUACGUUAGCCUUUUAGGAGAUCCUAGUUUAGUGUGCUUUAUACAGCAGAAAUAGACCAUACUUCCAGAUUAUUCUUUUUUUUUUGUGUACAGCAUCCACAAUAGUGUUAUAUGUUCAAAGACGUUUAUACCGCAAUACUAUACUGCUAUGGAGACCAUGAUAAAGAUUUUUUUUUUUUUUUUUUCUAACCAUUUGCCCAUCUGCUGUAACCCAAUAAACACAAACUAUUCCAAUUUAAA